AUGGGCAUCUCGUGGUCCAAAGUUCUGGAAAGCGACAUAGGAUUGCGGAUGUGGCGGUGGUUUCCCAGGGGAACCAAACGUCGCGUCCUCCGCAGCGCAUGCCUCUUCCAGCUGCAAGGUGGGGCGAAGUUUCACCCAGAACUGGAAGAGCUCGCGCAAAGGGAGCUCGAGCGAAGAGUCAUGCAACUCCUUUCCGGCUACGGCCUUGACCCUCUGAAUACGAUGAUAGUUCUUCACCGAUGCGAAGGGUAUAUCUCUGGAUCAGCGGUCCUAUGGGUACUACGCCCAGGUAGUUUUCGACCAGGCGACAUUGACUUCUACGUGACGCAGUUCCACGCGGGAAUUCUUUGGGAUUUUUUGACCAGUAGCCCAGGGUGGAGGUGGGUACCCGACGCAGAGCUUCACACCAUCGGGAAACAACCAAUGCCAGCGUAUGCGGAGCUCCCUUUCGUCAAAGAGAUAUGGUACUUUUUCAAGGAAGGGAGUGGGCAGAUAAUAAAUGUUAUCGUGACUAACAACGACGGGUGA